AUGGGCAACAACUUCAAUGCAAAUCUCAAUGGAGAAAAUACCUCAAGAAAAGUGAAAGUGACUGAUUUUACUUUCCUUUAUAUCGUUGGAAAGGGUGGAUUUGGAAGGGUCUGGAAAGGAGAGUUAAAAAACACAAGGCAAAUCUAUGCAAUCAAAGAAAUGAUGAAAUCUAGGAUUAUAAACAAGAAAAGCGUCCACUCAGUGCUAAAUGAAAGAAAACUCCCUUUCUAUCAUUAGAAUUAGAAUUAGCUGUUUGCCUAGCAGGGCCAGGGAUUUCCACCCCUGCACGCUCAUCGCUUCCGAAAAGCCCCGGCAGAUACCUCCUUGCAGCCGUAAACAAGGGAUUCGCACUGACCAGUCUUGACUUCCAUGGCUUCUUGAGCUUAAGAGCUGACCACCUGGAUUAAAACUCCCAGUUUCUCGUUUGACAAAUGCCAUCUCUUGAGUUAUUUUAGAGGGAUUUAGCAUCUACUAGCGACUGUCGCCGAUCUUGUCCUUUUCCAAUGGUUGUUCUGGAGGUAAAAUCCUGAGUCCCAUGGAUUUGCUACAUAAGGCCUAAGUAAAAACUUAACCUACAUACAUACAGGCUUUCCGAAACCUUUCCACCUAAAUCCCCACCACUGGGCCGUUGCCUUAGGCUUUGAGGAAAUAGGGUCGAGGUGGCACUUCGUCGCCAUUUUGAUGUAUAUUCCUUUCUAUCAUAAAGCACCCUUUUAUCGUUAAUAUGGAAUAUGCUUGGCAAGACACCAACAACUUGUACCUAGCAAUGGACUAUGUAUCAGGUGGAGACUUAAGGUAUCAUUUAAUGAGAACUGAAAAGUUCACUGAGGCACAAACCAAAUUUUUUGUGGCAUGCAUAGUAACUGGGCUAGAGUACAUUCAUUUGCAUGGGAUUAUACACAGGGACAUUAAGCCAGAAAAUUUAGUGCUUGAUUCAAAAGGGUACAUUAGGAUAACAGAUUUCGGUAUUGCAAAAAUAAUUAGCCCUGGGCUGGAAAAGGAAUCGUCAGGAACACCGGGAUAUAUGGCGCCAGAAGUUAUGUGUAAAAAAAUGCAUGGGCCUGGGGUAGAUUUUUUUGCUUUAGGAGUGAUUGCUUAUGAGUUUAUGAUGGGAUACAGACCUUAUUGGGGACGAAAUAGGAGAGAAUUAAAAGAUAUUCUUAUAGAUUUUGAUUGGAAACAUUGAUUUUUGAAAUAAUGGCAAUGCUUAGAGUAAUUUUUAGUGAUGCCUACUUUAUAUGUGAGAUAGACUAUUGAUUAUUAAUAAUAAUGAAAGCGCAUUUAAUUUUAUUUAUCCUCAAUAGCCAAUAAUAUUUAAAGAUCUUACUCCUCUUUCUAUAGUGGGUGUAUUUUUAAUUUCUUAAUUUUUUUCGAAAUUAAAAAAGGUUCUUAAUUAGCAAAUGUGGAAAAGGAAAAAUUAAUUUAAUUUAUAAUAAGAGUGCAAACCAUUUAAAAUUUAAUAGGAUUAGCUUUAGUUUCUUUAUAAUAAUUAUUAUUUAUACAGAAAUAAUUCUGACUCCCCCCCCUUUAAAUUGGAACUAAAAAUUUAGUUCCAAUAUAAAGGGGGGGGGGUUAAGAAAAUUUUUUUAAAAAAAAAAUCAUUAUAAAAUUUUUUAUAAAAAAAAAUUUCAAAAACUUAUCGAAUUAGAUCAAUAAAUUUGUUUAAUAAAAUGCUAUUUACUCUUUAUCCUUUAAAAAAAAGCAAGAUAUAACUAAAUUUUCAUUAUUAGUUAAUACGCCACUAUUAAUUGGUAUCAAAAUUAUUUACACAAAAAUUUUUAUUUUUAUUGAUAAAAAAAAUAAAAAAAAAAAAUUUUGGAAAAUUUAUCGAUCAAAGUGCUAAUUUUUGUUUAAAUAAGAUGUUAUUUAUACUCUAUUCUUUAAAAUAAAGCAAGAAAUAAGUAAAUUUUGAAAUUUUAUAAAGAAUUCCGAUUGAAUUUAUAUCAAAACUAUCCAAAUAAAAAAUAUCAUUUUAUCAAAAAAAACAAAAAUUUUUUUGAAAAUUUUUAAAAAAAAAAAUUAAUUUUUUUUUUAAAAUUUAACAAUUAAGGAUAAUAAAUUUAUUUAAUAAGAUGCUCUUUAUACUUUUUUCUUUAAAAAAGAGCAAGAUAUAAAUAAAUUUUUAAUUUUAGUUAAGAAGAAACAUUGAACUUAUAUCAAAACUUUUUAGAUAAAAAUUAUAUAUAAUUUUUUAUUAUAAAAUUAAAUUUUGUUCCAUUUUAAAGGGGGUUAAUUUACCAAAAAAGUGGAAAUUUUACCUAUAUUUUGUUCCAAUUUAAAGGGGGGGGAGUGAAAAUAUUUUUGCUUGAUUAAAAGGUUGAUAUUUUUCCAAUGGCUUUGAUCGCUAACGGAAGGUUGGUUUAGUGUAUGCUAAAUUGAAUAUGGUUCUAAGCCAUCAAGCUCAAAUAAAGAGAAAAGAUAUACCAGAAGGUUGGUCUUUAGAAGCAGCAGAUUUCAUAAAUAAGCUUCUCCAAAGAAAGCCAGAAGAACGUCUAGGCUUUAAUGGUCCACAAGAAGUAAAAAAUCAUCAAUGGCUCCGAGACUGCAACUGAAAAGAUUUAUUUUCCAAAAAAUUACCAGCUCCUUUCAAACCAAGAAAAAAAGAAGACAACUUUGACAGAUGGGCUCAAAUUGAUUGAAAUGACGACGUAGAUAGCAAAACUUUUAAUUCAUCUUUACAAGAUCUGUUUGAAGGCUUUGCUUUUGAUCCUAGAAAAGUCGCAGUUUGUGAAGAGAUCACUCACUUCCCCUUGACUCAUAUGCAAAAACUUGCUGACCCAUGAGGAUAUUUCAUUUUUAUUUGUAAAUUUUUAAUAAAACAAUUUUGAUUUUAAAUAGCCUAGAUUUGUAAAUAUUUAAAUAAAAUGUCUGAUUUAAUUCAUAAAAAAUUAUGUUUGAAUGCAAACAGCCUAUAAUAUUGGCUAGAGAUUUUUCCAUAAUCACCAUUUAUUACAUAUCAAUUAUUUGUAAAAAAAUUAUAUUAAAAAAUUUCUUGACUCUCCCAAAAGUCCUGCAUUAAUUUGUUCACUAGCCAAGUGGAGCAGUCAGCAAAUUUCACCCCUACGAUAA